UUUGCUUUAUUUGAAUAAAGGGAGAGGCCAUGGGGCAUUCCCCUGGGAUAUCUCAGAUUUUUGGAGGACUCACCUCCUUUUAUCCCGAUUUCCCUCUCUCUUUCCCCAUUGCUGAGGUACUUGAGAGGCACAGACUUCCCAAACACCUGAUACCUGAGAUUCCCUUCUAAUCUACAACCCUCCUUUUUAAUUUUUAAUUCUUAUAGAAUCUCCAUCGUUUCUUUCAUCUUCCAAUAUCCAGUUUAACUUACCAGCGAACCUACAGUUUGUUUGUAAAACAAAUGUCUUUUUCCAUUCAUCAAUCAGUGGAAUCCAUCAAUCAGUGGAAUCCAUCAAUCAGUGGAAACCAUCCCAUUGUUUCUUUUCUCUCUCAGUGCUGGUUUUACCGACCCGCAGCUGGUUUGUAAAGACAAACCCGACGUUGCUCUCAGCUGCUUUGGGGCUCCUUGCCCGAGGUUUUGGAGCAGCCCGGGGCAGCCCAGCUCGCACCGAGGGAUGCUGCAGCCAAGCCCUCAGCCUGGGCAUCAGCCAAGUGCCCUUGGACAUGGCCCAAACUCCACGCCGAGCCCCACGGGGCCCUCCAGCUCCCUGGCACGGCCCUCAGCACUUAGGGAGGGUAUUCCCACGCCGGGAGAGGAUCCAAGCCCUCGAGUCACCCUUCCAAAGUGGGAAGGAACACCUUUGCUGGGUAAUCGGAGCUCAGCGUCCAGCCCGGCUGUGCAAGGGUUAAACGCGGCUGCUCGCCCGGGUCUCGGGGGCCUCCCACUCGCCACGGCAGGGUAUGAAUAGCUGCUCCUCUCUGCUCCCAGCCACUCGCUUCCCUCCCCGCCUUCCCGCUCCGCUCGGCGUUCCUCAUCUUCCUCACCCGGCGUCUUCCUCCGGCAGCGCCCAUGCUGAGCACGGAGAGUUUGGCAGGGCCGAGAGCCCUGGGAGAGGAAUCGCUGCAGAUGUGGGACCUCAACAAGCGCCUGGAGGCGUACCUGGCCCGCGUGAAGUUCCUGGAGGAGGAGAACGAGGUGCUGCGAGCUGAAAUCCAGAGCGCCAAGGGCAGCCCGGCCGGGGAGUCGCGGCGGGUGAAGUACGAGCAGGAGCUGCGGGCGCUGCGGGAUGCGCUGGAUCGCGCCUUCAGCGAGAAGUGCACGGCCGAGCUGGCCAGGGACAAUCUCUACGAGGAGGUCCAGCAGGUGAAAAGCAGGUGCCAGAAGGAGCAGGCAGCCCGGGAAGAAGCCAAGAAGCAGCUGUGCUUGAGCAGGAAGGAGCUGGAGGAGGAGAGGAGAGCGCAGAUCUGGCUGAAGGAGAGGGCGGUGCAGCUGGAGAAGGAGGUGGAAGCCUUGCUGGAGGUGCACGAGGAGGAGAAAGCGGGGCUGGACCAGGAGAUCGCCAGUUUCUCCCACAGCCUGGAGAGUUUCCGCUGUGCCCCCGCGGCUUUCCAGCCCCUGGAGGUGGAGGACUACUCCAAGAGGCUCUCGGAGAUCUGGAAAGGGGCGGUGGAGACCUACAAGACAGAGGUGUCUCAGCUGGAGGGGUCCCUCUGCCAGGCCAAGGAGAACCUGUGGAAGGCGGUGGAGGACAACCAGCAGAGCCAGCUGCAGCUGCAGCACCUGCAGAAGGACCUGGCCGGGCUCAGAGCGCGGAAGGAGCUGCUGGAGGAGAGCCUGGCCCAGCAGUGGCAGGAGCAGCGCGGGGAGGCUGAAAAGUUCCAGCUGGCGAUGGAAGCCCUGGAGCAGGAGCAGCAGAGCCUGAGGGUGCAGAUCGCCCGGGUGCUGGAGGACAGGCAGCAGCUGAUGCACCUCAAGAUGUCCCUCAGCCUGGAAGUGGCGACCUACAGGACGCUGCUGGAGGCGGAGAGCAGCCGCCUGCAGGUGCCCGCCGGGGAGCUCCGGUUGUCCAGCGGCGUGCGAGAUCUCAAACUGGAGGUGAGCAAACUGGGACCAGCGAGCCCUGAGAGCAGGAGGCUGCUGCCCCGGGACCACUGCAGCAGCCCCUCCAUCUUCCCCAGGGCAGAGGGCAGGGGGCAGCUGGCAAAAGCCCAAAGUGACGCCCUGACGGGCAAAAGGCAGAGCCCCAGUGCCCGGGAGCUGCAGGAAAUCAGCUCAGCCCUCCACGGCAGGGCUGCGGGGCUGGGAGCCCCUGCCUGCUCCACACCCAACCCCUCCCAGGCAGGGAAAGCUGCCCCUCCUCUCUCCCCAGAGCCCCCCAGCCCUUCCCCACCGGAGCAGGAGAGCUGUGGGGCAGAGGGUCCCGCCUGGCCGGGGGGAGUGAUGAGCCAAGGCGUGUCCAGAGGCGUGGGGGACACUCCCAGUGACACCCUGCAGCCCCUGGGAGCCCUGCCCACCCCCAGGCUGCAGUACCCGGCCCAGCUGGUCAGCGAGGUGCUGGAGGAUGCCCUCAAGGCCAUGGAAGGUGAUGCUCAGCCCAAAGAAGAGCCCACAUGGGCCCCGCGGGAUGCCUGUGUGCCCAGCCCCAUUUUCCCCACAGAGGCUGUGCCAGAGGGGCCUGGGGGAGAGCAGGAGGGCUCAGAGGGUGGUGACAGCCCUGAGGCAGAGGAGAGGCUUGGGGAGGUCGUGCUCCAGGCACUGGGUGUGGGCCAGGAGGAUUUGGGAGCUUGGGAGGAAGAGGAGGUACCUGCUGUGCUGAGCCCAAGAGAUGCAGAAACAGAGGAGCAGGAAGGGGACAGGGAUCUCCCUGCACAGACAAGGAGCAGCUGGGAAAAGCCAGAGCAAGAGGAGGACAGGGCCCAGACCCCAAGCACAGAGCCUUCCCACCCCUCAGAGGAUGAGGAGGAGGAGGAGAGGGGACCCCACAGCCCCUGCAAGGAGAAUGGAGAUUUCCAGGAGGAAGGAACAGAUGUGCAAGGAGAGGAGUGUCCACACAGAGAAGUGGAAGCUGCUCAUGCUGUCCUUGCAGAAAGCCACCUGGUUUUGCUCACAAAAGGUCACCUGGGAGAGAACUUUGUUGGUGCAGAGCAGGAAAGGUGUGGGCAGCAGAAAAUGCCCGUGAGUGAGAUGGAUCUGGCUGCAGGGGAGCAAAGGGGGCAGGAGCUGUGCCCUGAGCAGAGUGUCCACGAGGCCAUCCCAGCAGAGCCGUGGCCAGGAGCUGAAGGAGAUGCUGUGGGAGGGCAGGACACAGGCAGGGUGGAGGAUGGUGAGGGAGAGGCCAGCAGGGAGGUGCUGGGAGGAGAGGACCGAGGGGCAGGACAGAGCCCUGGGGCAGGAGAGGACUCUGGGUGGGCAGCAGAAGGCUCUGGGGCAGCUGUGGGAGGUGACAGCCCAGAGAGGGAGAGCAGAACCCCAGAGCAGCCUGAGGACACCCAGGAGAGCAGCUCUGUGGAGCAGGAGGAGCAGAAACCAGGAGAGGAGCCCUGGGGCCAGGGGGAUGCUGGCCAUGGCCAAGAACCCUGCCCAGAGGACACCGAGGGGGUUUUGGGGCCAGAAGAGCCAGAUGACAACCCGAGCAGCUCAGGAAAGCUGAAAAGGGAGGAGGCAGAUGGCACAGUGCCAGCAGAGCUGGAGGAAGCCCAGGAAGAGGAUGAAGAAGAUGCCCAGAGGCAGGAGAUGAGCCAGCAGCAGACAGUGCCAGGGGCUGGGCCAGCAGCAGGGCAGGAGCAGCCGGGCAGCGUGGCACAGGCUGAGCCAGCCCCUCCAGCUGCCCCCCGGCAAGGACACGGACAGGAGCCAGCCCAGGCUCCGGAGGAGACGUGGGAGCAGCAGGAGGAUGAUGAUGGGCACGGACAGGAGCUGAAUGAGGUUCCAGAGGAGCCCUGGGAGGCGCAGGGUGAUGAUGAUGGUGGUGAUGGGCACACACAGGACCCAGCCCAGGCUCCGGAGGAGAUGUGGGAAGGGCAGGAGGAUGAUGAUGGGCACACACAGGACCCAGCCCAGGCUCCAGAGGAGCUGUGGGAGCAGCAGGAUGAUGAUGAUGAUGAUGGGCACAAACAGGAGCUGAGUGAGGCUCCAGAGGAGCUGUGGGAGCAGCAGGAUGAUGAUGCUGCUGCUGCUGGGCACACACAGGAGCCAGCCCAGGCUCCAGAGGAGCUGAGGGAGCAGCAGCAGGAUGAUGAUGAUGAUGGGCACAAACAGGACCCAGCUCCGGCUCCAGAGGAGCUGUGGGAACAGCAGGGUGAUGCUGCUGCUGCUGCUGGGCACACACAGGAGCCAGCCCAGGCUCCAGAGGAGCUGUGGGAGCAGCAGGAGGAUGAUGAUGAUGAUGGGCACAAACAGGAGCUGAGUGAGGCUCCAGAGGAGCUGUGGGAGCAGCAGGAUGAUGAUGCUGCUGCUGCUGGGCACACACAGGAGCCAGCCCAGGCUCCAGAGGAGCUGAGGGAGCAGCAGCAGGAUGAUGAUGAUUAUGAUGAUGGGCACACACAGGACCCAGCCCAGGCUCCAGAGGAACCCUGGGAAGGGCAGGGUGAUGAUGAAGGUGAUGAUGGGCACACACAGGAGCCAGCCCAGGCUCUAGAAGAGCCCUGGGAGGGACAGCAGGAUGAUGAUGAUGAUGAUGGGCACACACAGGAGCCAGCCCAGGCUCUAGAAGAGCCCUGGGAGCAGCAGGAUGAUGAUGAUGAUGAUGGGCACAAACAGGAGCUGAGUGAGGCUCCAGAGGAGCCAUGGGAGCAGCAGGAGGAUGAUGAUGAUGAUGGGCACAAACAGCAUCCAGCCCAGGCUCCAGAGGAGCUGUGGGAGCAGCAGGGUGAUGCUGCUGCUUCUGAUGGGCACACACAGGAGCCAGCCCAGGCUCUAGAAGAGCCCUGGGAGCGGCAGGAUGAUGAUGAUGAUGAUGAUGGGCACAAACAGCAUCCAGCCCAGGCUCUAGAAGAGCCCUGGGAGCGGCAGCAGGAUGAUGAUGAUGAUGAGGGGCUCAGCUCAGAGCUGGGGAAGGCAGAGGGCUCAGAGCCUGCAGCACUGGAGCAGGUGCCAGGGGACAGCGUGGGGAGCAGUGAGUGGGCACUGGAGGAGCUGCCCAGAGACCCACAGCCCACAGGGGGCCCUGGCAGGAGGGUGGAGCUGGAGGACACGCUGCCAGCCAGCACACCCCUGCACCUCUGUGAGGCGGUGGGAGCAGGCAGCCCAAAGCCUCCAGAGACCCAGGGGAGCACGGAGACAGCACCUGUGACAGACACAGCUCAGCAGGGUGAAGGGUGGCUGGAGGAGGGGGACAAGCCCCCAGCCCCCACCGUGCCAGAGAGCCCCGAGGAGGAGCCAGGAGUGGCUGUGGCAGAGGGUGCUGAGGAGGAGGAAGGUUAUUUCAUGGUCUCUGCUCCCAACCAAGAGGUGUCCAGCUUGGAGGAAGCUGAGAUCUCUGAGGACUUUGAAGAAAUCAAAGUUGAAGCAACUGAAGGCAGUGAGGAUGGUCUGGGGGCUGCUGGAGAAGCACCUCCAGUGCCAGAGGGCCGAGUGCACCCCGAGGUGCUUGCUGGGGAAGCAGAUGGACACACAGAGGUGCCCCCUGAAGAAGCUGAGAUGCCAAAGGAUGAGGAUGGGGAAGGCCCAGCUGUGCCUGAAGCAGAUCCCAGCUGUCCUGGGGCCACGGGAGCAUCAGCAGGAGGUGCAGGUGAGCCAGCCCAGGGUGCCACGGGCACUGAAUCAGAUGAGGAGCUGGAGAUGGGUGACACUGGAGCAACAACCCUGGGGCUGGCAGGGCAGCAGCAGGAGGAGCAGGAUGAGGCAGAGCAGCCACUGGAAGAGUUCCCAGAGGAGGGAACACUCGGCAGUGACAGCAGAGAGCAGCUCCCUGAGGCCAGCACACCCCAGCUGGGCCCUGCACUGGGGCAGGGAGCUUUUCCAGAGUCCAUCCCUGACGCUGCAGAGCUGCCACUGGAUGCCAUGAAAGACUCAGAUAUCUUGGAAAUAGUUGAGCAAGCCCUAGAAUUCAACCAGGAGCUGCUGGGGGCGGCAGAGGGUGGGCAGCAGGGCCCUGGAGGGAUCGAGCUGCCCCAGGAUGCAGGGGAAGACUCCUCGCCUGCCUCAUCCAGCGAGGAGCAGCCCACGGUGCAGGAGGCGGGGAUGGAGGGCGCGGUCCGGGCUGAGAACGGGCUGCACCGGGAGGCCAGCCUGGAGGAGCUGGCUGAGCUCACCGAGGAGAUGCUGAACGGCAUCAGCAGCGCGGCCCCCGCCCAGGAGCCCCCCAGCCCCGGAGAUGGCACCGCCACCAAGCUGGGGGGUGCCACCCUGAGGGGGGGGCUUGGAGCUGAGCCCGGCCCCGCGCCCCCUGCCCUGGGGGAGGAUGUGCUGUGCCCCACAGCCGAGCAGGCAGCAGUGUGUCACCUGAGAGCUGAACAGGAGUUCUGCCCCUCAGGGGAUGAGUGACAGCACCAGGGUGAGCCCCUCCCUGCCCAAACCCACCCCUCUCAUGCUCCCCCACCUCCCUGCGGUUUUUAACACCUUUGUGUGGAUUUUUUGCACCCCUUUUCCGAGUGAAGAACCACCGAGUUCUGUGUUCCCCCCCCCACCGCCACAGCCCACCCAAAUUCCCGUGCUUGUUCUGGGACCCCUGCUUCAUUUUUGAGUGUCCUCCGGGUGGGUUGCUGUGGCUGUAUUUAAUUUAAACGUUGUGUUUCUCCAUUCCCUGCAUUCUUCCCCCUCCAACUCCCCCAGUAUUUGCUCCAGGACACCCAGCUGCACCCAGGGACUCAGAGUUUUGGGGCUGCAUCCCCCCAGGGUCCCCAGCCCCAAUCUGCUGACACUGGGGGCUGAGCCACGCUGGAUGUAUCGACAUUAAUUUAAUAAAGCCUCAUCUUUCCACUCAG